AUGGCUACUCAGAGUAUAGCAGCAAAAGAACUUUUCCCAAUUGUUCUAGCUUUAGUUCUUUUCAUGACAGAUAAUGCGGCUGUUGUGGGGAUAAUGAACAAAACAUCAUCUGCCUGCGCUGUUAUUAUGACUCUUUUUCGUAACAACCGCGGUGCAGCUACAAUCUGCUCACACAUCUCGACUAUAUCUUUCGUGCAUAAAGUGAGACACUUGACAGACCCUACCAACUACCUGAAAAAUUGUAGGCCCUCUGAGGGCCACCUCUUCCAGCUGGGCUCUGGGGCUCCUGUUACCUACAAACAUUUCUGCAGCACAUUACAUUCAGCGCUUAAGUUCAAUGUCCUUGACACAAAACAGUACAAAGGGCACAGUUUCCGUAUUGGAGCCGCUACAAGGGCUGCCUCUAUGGGUAUUCCAGAAACUGUGAUUCGUAAACUGGGUCGUUGGAAAUCUGAUGCAUUAAAGCAAUAUAUACGCAUCAAUGUUUUCUCUCAAAUUAAAAUUAACUAG